CUCGAUGUGUGUCACGUUCUGUCUGAAGAGUUAAUGGGCUAGGCUGUCAGGCUCGAGUCUCUUGGGUAAAAAUCUGUAUUCUAUAAAGCUGACCCCUCGACUGAACUUUUCUCACAAGAGCCCCAUGGCUACAGGAAUGGGAGUGGCUGCAGCUUCUGUAUUGGGAAGGCUGCAAGGCAAGGUUGCAAUAGUUACAGGUGGGUCAAAAGGCAUUGGAGAAGCCACCGUUAGGCUCUUCGCAAAACAUGGGGCGAAAGUCAUAAUUGCAGAUGUUGCAGACGAUGCUGGUUUAAAAGUUGCAGAAGCCCUUCCUCAAUGGGCCACAUUUGUCCACUGCGAUGUGAGCAAAGAGAAGGACGUGAGUGCAGCCGUGGAUUUCGCCAUGGAAAAACACGGCCAGCUGGAUAUAAUAUAUAACAACGCAGGAAUCGCAAAUACCCAUAAAGCGAACGUGGAAGAUUAUGACAUGAAACAAUUCGAAAAUGUUAUGAAUGUAAAUGUAAAAGGAGUAAUGCACGGCAUUAAGCAUGCGGCUCGUGUUAUGAUCCCUCAGAAAAGGGGCUCUAUAAUCUCUACGUCUAGCAUUUUAGGGAUAUUAGGAGGCCAUAAUUACUCUUAUACUGCCUCAAAGCAUGCAGUUGUUGGGUUGACUAAGAAUGGGGCAGCUGAGCUGGGUAAAUAUGGUAUUAGGGUAAAUUGUAUUUCUCCUUUUGGGGUUGCCACAGAUAUGAUAACGAAUGUCUUGGAAGUAGGGGCUUCAGAAGAGGAGAGAGACAAGGUUAAGGCCCACAUAGAGGCCAAGAUUGGGGAUAUAGCCAAUUUGAAGGAAGCUACCCUUAAAGAAGAGGACAUUGCAGAGGGGGCAUUGUAUCUCGCGAGUGAGGAAUCAAAGUAUGUAAGUGGUCAUAAUCUUGUGGUGGAUGGGGGAGUAACAAUUGUAGACCAUCAGGGCUUAAAAUUAUUUGAUAAUGAAGAUUUUUAAGGUAUACCUUCGAGUCAUAGGACAUUGUAAUUUUCAUCUCUAAGGAAAAUUCAAUAAACGAUAUGUACUGCUGAAAAUUGCAUAUUUUUUA